GCUCUGCUAGUCCCGCAUAUAUUCACUCGUUACAUAAAAUAAGGCAUUUCGUAACUGGUUACAUAAAUAGCUAUUUUGGGAAAUUCUAAUCAUUAAUAAUUUUAAAUUUCCCGCGUAAACGAACCGUGAGUAUAGAUAAAUAACUAUUUUGGAAAUUUUAGGAUGUAGGAUCAUAUUUGACUUGACAAAUUUCAAUCAUGUGAAAUCUUUAAAUUCUUCGUCCGAUUACAAAAAUAUUUGAAAAAAUGCCUAGAAAUUUUUAUUACAUUAAAAUUGGCAACCAUGAAGAAGAGAGGCAUAUGACAUUACUGUUUUGUGAUUUUAGCAUUUUCGGGAAGGUGAAGUUCUGAAAUAAUUCCCUUCAAUGUAAAAAUAUUCAAGUAUAUUAUGUCCGGAAUUGAACUGGAUAAUAUAAACCCAAGCAUUUAUGAAAAAAGUGAUGACAGAACAAUCACAUUAGAUGAACGGAAUGACAACGUAGUGGAUGAAUUUGACCAACGAGAAAUUUUUGAUUUAAUAAGAAAUAUUAAUGACCCCGAACAUCCGCUUUCAUUAGAAGAAUUGCAUGUAGUUGAAGAACAUCUCAUCCAAAUUAACAAUGCAGAAAACACUAUAUUUAUUCAUUUUACACCUACAAUUCCGCAUUGUAGCAUGGCUACUCUCAUAGGUCUUUCCAUAAGAGUGAAAUUAAUUCGGUGCCUACCAGCAAGAUUCAAAGUUAAGGUUGAAGUUACGCCUGGAACCCACAACUCUGAACAGCAAGUUAAUAAACAAUUGGCUGACAAAGAAAGGGUCGCUGCAGCUUUAGAGAAUAUUCACCUUAUACAAGUGAUUAAUCAGUGUAUUGCUCCUAGGAAACGUGCAUAAACAUUACAAAAAUGAGUACUUCUAAUAUCUAUCUUUCUAACCCUUGCAAUAUAGCAUCUGCAUACAGUAAAUGUGCCAGGUAUCUACGGAAGAUAUUAAAGUUUGAUCAAAUGGACUUCCAAUUUGCAAUGUGGCAGAUGCUAUAUUUGUUUGUUAAUCCCCAAAAAUUAAUAAAAUUAUUUAGAGCUCGAAAAUUAUCAAAGUCACAGUAUGCACGAGAUGAUCCAGCAUUUUUAGUUCUUUUUGCUGCAGCUCUAAGCAUAACCACUGUGGGAUUUUCAAUUGUAUUAAAAUUAUCAUUUUUACAGUUUAUAAAAUUUUUAUUUUUCGUAAUAUUUGUAGAUUGUUUAGGUUUAGGAGUGUUAGUAGCUACUUUAUUUUGGUAUAUAUCUAAUACCUUUUUCAAUCCAAAGACCAGUUUGCAAGAUGUAGAAUGGGGAUUUUCUUUUGAUAUCCAUUUAAAUGCUUUUUUUCCUCCAUUAAUAUUACUACAUUUUAUUCAACUAUUUUUUUAUAAUGGAAUCAUAAGUCAUGAUUGGUUUUUGUCAAUACUUUUGGGAAAUACGUUUUGGCUUUGCUCCUGUUUGUAUUAUUUUUAUAUAACAUUUUUAGGUUAUAAUUCAUUACAAAUCUUAAACAACACAAGAUAUUUUUUAGCUCCUGUUCCUUGGAUAUUAAUAUUUUAUUUCUUUACCUUGUUAAUGCAUUGGAAUAUUUCCCAAAUUGUUAUGAAUUUCUAUAGAAAUAGAGUUUUGUAACAUUUUCUGCUUCUUGUAUAAAUAAAACUAAUAUAUUAAGAUAUUAAAUAUUUUUUAUUCUAUUAUAACAUGUUUGUUCACC